CCAUGCCCGCCGCGCCGCCGUGAGCCCCGCGCGCCGUGCCAUGGGGCCGGACCUGGGCUGGGCCGCGCUGGUGCUGCUCUUCGCCGCCUCGCUGCUCACCGUGGCGGCCUGGCUGCUGCAGUACUGGCGUUCUACGGCCCUGCGAGCGCUACGGCGUCGCGGACCGGCGGCGGAGGAGGCCGGAGCCCGGGCGCUGCUCGCGGCGCUUCUCGCCCUCAGGUCUCUACGGCAGCAGUGGCAGCGAGCUUGGGUGCGAGCUCUCAACAGCCAGGCGCGCCGGCACGGGAGUUCAGUGCAGAUCAUAUUUGAAGAGGGUCCUCAGUUACCACAAGCCACAAAUAUAAGUUGUGUGACAUGCAAGGGACAGUUGGACCACAGCAUGGUGCUGUGCUGCCAUCUGUCAGCUGAAGCUGUGAAAUUCCCUGUCUCUGUUACUCAGCAGUCCCCAGUUGCUGUUUCUGUGGACACGUAUCAUGUCACUUUGGCUGUGCUGCAGGCUCAGGUGGAGAUCCACUUGGAGGAGAUACAGAAUGAGGGUCUCCUAGUGUCAUGGACAUUCAAAGACAGACCAGACUUGGACCUUUUGGUUCUUCCGCGACUUGAGCUUCCUGAGGAUGAAGGGAGAGCGGAUCUGUCCACUAUAAAGGAUCUGAUUGAGGAUACCAUUGUCAGCACGAAGCCAGCCAUGAUGGUGAAUUUGAUGGCCUGCACAACUGGAGCCAGUGCAGUACCCAGUAAUAAGUUGACUCGAGAGUCCCUGUCUGGAGUAGCAGAAGCCCCUCUGGGUUCUAAGCUGUUGCUCCGGAAUCUUCGAGUGCUGAACUUGGGCUGCCAGGGGAAGGGAGGAACUGGGGAGAUACGCUGUGUGGCGGAGCUAGACAGCCCCCCACAGCAGAAGUGGACAAGGCCAAUGGCAGGUGGCAGUGUCGGUGCUGCAGGAGAGAUGGAAUGGAAUGACGAGUUCCUUCUGGAGUUGGGACCUAGAAGCAAAGAACUGAAACUACAGGUGCUGGGGAACAGUGACGGAGGGGGAAAUGUGCUGCUGGCAUAUGCCACGCUUUUGAUAGAUUCUUUGGGCAAGCAACCAUCUGGGAGACAGGUCUGCUCACUGGCCCCGGGAGCUGGACAGUCACUGACAGCUGAAGCUGCCAUUACAUUGGAGCUGCUGUUCCAGGAGUCUCCUGCAUCUUUGAAUGCUCCACACACCCCAUCUCUGCGAACCAGCAUCACCCCCACUAAGAAGGUGGAGAUGGACCGGACCAUCAUGCCUGAUGGCACCAUUGUGACUACUGUCACCACAAUUCAGUCCCGGCCCAAGGCAGACUGCAAACUGGAUUCACCAUCAAGGUCGCCUUCCAAAGUGGAAGUGACUGAAAAGAAGACAACAGUGCUUUUGGAGACCAGCUGUCCUCACGGCCACUUGCCCAGCGGUAGCCGGGAUAGCCAUAUGCCCAACGGGUUGGAUCCGGUGGCCGAGACAGCAAUCAGGCAGCUAACAGAGACGAAUAACAAGACUGCUAAGAAGACACCAACAAAACGUAGUACACUGAUCAUCUCAGGAGUGUCCAAGGUACCUGUUGCUCAAGACGAAAUGGCACUUUCUCUGGGUUAUGCUGCAUCUCUGGAGGCCACAGCGUAUGGGGACUCUGAGGCAGAGGGCACAGCUGACCAGAUGCACGAUUUUACCGAAUUGUCGCAGCCACUGGAAGCAUCACCACUGGGACAAAGGGACAGUCAGGAGCUGGAUGAGACAACGCGAUCAGACAUCUCUGAAAGACCAUCCGUGGAAGAUGUUGAGUCUGAAACUGGCUCCACGGGAGCCCUUGAGACAAGGAGCUUGAAAGAUCACAAAGUUAGUUUUCUUCGGAGCGGUACCAAGCUCAUCUUCCGGAGAAGGAGCAAGCAGAAGGAAGUGGGCCUGAGCCAGUCGCACGAUGACUUGUCCAAUGUCACUGCCAACUCCACUGCCAGAAAGAAAGCUGGUAGCUUCUCUCACCGCCUCAUCAAACGCUUCUCCUUCAAGUCUAAAUCCAAACCCAAAGGUAGUGACAACACAUCAGCUGGUGAGAACUGAAGGAUGGAGAAGCCCAUUGGAAAGAUUUCUCAGAGAUUGUUUUCUAGUCUCUUGUCUUCCCACUCCAUGGUAUCUGUGACUUGCAGUCCAGUUCUCUCCAGCCUUGGCUGAGGGAAGACACCCGAGUGCUUUAUGCCAUUUGGGAAGUGGAGGUGGCAAGCCUGGGACUUAGGCCGUUUGGCUGCCUCGGCUUAGCCUUCUCUGCGUGCUGCACCCCACUGUGCUCGCCCAGAAAAUCCCGGUGGCAUGCUAAUCCCCCUGGGGGUACCAGGAACUGCAGAAGUGAGUCCGUGUGUUUAGGUGUUUGGCAUCAUUAGGUGCCUCACGGAAACAGGGGCAGGUCUCUCAAAUGGCAACCUUCAGAGUUAAAAUCAAGAAACUACUGGGUUAGCUACAGUGUCGAGAAGUGUGAGAUGUAGCCUCACUCAGCUCUUCUAGUGGCAGAGAAUGAUGCAGUCACUGAUGAUCUAAACACUAUUAUUGCUUGUGUUUGGUGCAGAGGCUGUAAUCUGAGGUGCGCUGCAGGGUGAUGUGUUCCUGGUUCGUGAGCUGUCAGAGGACAGCUGUCAGCUGUCAGAGUUGUGGUCCUCUAUCUGGCUUUGCCAUUGGAACAGUCUCUGGUUCAGACAGCACUGAGGACCCCGUGUUUUUCUGUGCUGUGUUGGUGAAGGAAGAAGUCUCUAAGAAGGAGGAGGAAGCUUUAACCACUGCACAAACUUUUGUAGAGGCCUGAGCCCUUGCAAGAGUACCUGGUCAGUGCUGUCGGUUCUGCCACCCUGUGCAGCCACCCUGUGACUCACUCCUUCCACAUUUGUGUUCUUGAACAGGGAAGGUCCUGUACUGAAUGCACAUACCAGCUAUUGUAAGAGCAGAUCCCUUACUCUUCGGGGUGGUGGGGAUGUUGCCAAAGGGCUGCCAGGCUGUCUUCCAGACCUGCCGAGCAUCCAGUCUCGAGCUGUCAUGGUUCUCCUGCCGAGGACUAGCACUGUGCUGGGGAUGGAUGGCAAGGAAUAAGGGAAAGAAUGUAGUGAAAGGCAGUCUGAUGGGGAGCCUGAAGGCACAUGGCAGAAAGAAGCAAGAGUUUACAUGUGUCACAGGUGGGUUUCCUUUAGUAGAGGGAAUCUUUCUGGAUUGUAUUUGGCAUUUCCUUUCUUCCUGCAAACAUGAUCCACCCCAUUCAAACAGGGCAUUUCUGCAGCAGGUAUUUGCAGAGAGCAAGAGAUGUGCAGGGGAUAAUAGAAUCCCUAUGCAGGAGGAGACUGUCUUUCUAGAGAAACAUUUGUCCGGUCUUCUGGCCUGUACACAUUUUAUCUGUAAUAUCCCCAGAAGUUCCCUUAUAACAAUGCUCUUUGGAGAAACACUCAUGCCCUGCCAACGUGCCUGGUUUGAGAGAAACCUCCUGCUCUCCUGUGGGUUGUUGAGUUAAGGAGGUGUGACAGAGGGGAGGAAAAACCUCACAGAAGAGCUGCUUCCCAGGCCUGACUGGAUUCUCUAGCUCUGCUCUUCUGUUAAGGGUAUCUCCUGUGGUGGUGUCUGUUGCACUUCCUUAUGCAGGAUGCUGCCAACUGAAAAAGCAGUUCUCUUGAUGACACGGGUGAAAUGUGUUUCUUGGAAGGAUAAACCUUCCUGAUUUGCUGAUACUGCUGCCAUGUGCCAUUUCCAACGACCAGAACGUGUUUGGUGUGCUGCAGAUAAAGAAUUUAUAGGUGGCUGUUUCUUGCAUGUUUGUACAGAUGGGGAAGACCAGAGUUACCAAGGGCUGUAAUUGAAAGUGCUAGUGUGUGCUAGCAGGAGGGACUCUUGGCUGUUUUUCCUGCCAAUUCCUCAUAUGACUGGGCAUGUAUCAAUCCAAAAAAUCUUGUUGGUUCAGCUGGCUGACCAGGAAUCUCUACAUCUGUUUCGGUCUGGGAGUCUUUGUUGUCCCCAAGCUCUGACACGUCUUUUAUCCUUUGUUUUUUUCCUUGUCUGCAUGUCACCGUGGCUUUGUUUAUACUUCCAUGCGCUACGGAUGUCAGAGAACUCACUGUUUGUCACUGAGGAUCAUUUUCCUUGAUGCGAGUGACUGGUUUGCACUACAGUGCCAUUGGAACUUGGGCAUCUGUAGAUUUUCCUGUAGCAGUCCAGCCACUGCUUUCACAUAGCCUUCUUUUGCUGGGUUGGUGCAGUGCUGUCACGUGCGGCGCUGUCCUUCUCAGGCACACUCCUGUUCCCAAAGUGCUGGAGUUUGGUUUCAAUUUGGUAUUCUCUCUUCCACCACCCCCUUACGACUUGUAGCUAUGACAGUACUUUAUGUUCCGUUUGUGUAUUUUAUUUAUUAGUUUUAACACCAUUUCAAGGUACUAAGCCUUGAAGAUUUGAACCCAGACAGCACCGCUUCUCUGGUGAGAGACUCUGAAGCCUUGCACUAGCAAUGCUGGUGUGCGUGGAAGAGCCUGUGGCUCUUCAGUUGUGGGUUAAUCAAGGACCUGCCAUGAGUCUCAUUUCAUAGUGCCGUGUUCUUUUCUUUAAACUGUAAGAGCAGCUUGAGGUGUCUUGGUGCAGAGUGGCUGCAGGUGAACACUGAGGGUCACCACUGCUUUUCAGAAUCAGGGAUCUGAGGCUUGUGUACACAAGGAGGACUGUGAGGGCUAGCCAGUGUUGUCCUUGUCACUGUAGACUGGAGGCAGGAAAGGCAGAAUUUCUGUCAGACAAACACAUACGUGGAUUCUUGACCAGCGUAUUUUGGUCUGGCAUGGAGGAGGAGGUAGGAAAGGGAGUAAAACAGAAGCUCGAGUUACUCACUGGCCUUGGAGACCCUUUCUAGCCAUGUUAAAUGGGCAGUUCCUGUCAUAGGUCCAUGGCGUCGUGCCUGUUUUGUUCCAGGUUUGUUGGCCUGCCAGUGACUUGCACUGGAGGUACAGUUUUUGAUUUUGAACCUGGCGUGGCAGAAGAUGCCUGCACUGUGUUUGACAAAAUGAAUGGCACAUGGGAAGCAUGCCAGCAGGGGCAUAUCUUCCCUUGAAUUUUUAGCAGUGUUUUUUCCACAGACAGUAAAUUGUGCUGCAAAUCUAUAUCUGGUUAGACAGCUUGCGAAGGAAAGGGAUGCUGUCAAGUGCUGACAGCUCAUCCCCAGACGUUAGGUCCUACAUCUGCUUGCGUUCCUCAGAGGAGAUGUAUUCUCUGAUACUUUGUUGCUUCUCAAAGUCCUGCAGCCUAGGAGUGGUAUGGUAACCUUUCAGCUUCUCUUCAGUGUUCUCUGUAAGUGCGGGAUGUUUGGCAAGAGUGCUGUUUGAGGAACAGAGGGAUAUCGGGGCAUGGGUCUGCUGUGUGCAUUGGAAAUUUUUUGGUUCUGAUACACUUCUCAUUAACUGUGUUGGUCUUUCCUCUUCUUACCUGAACAAGGCUGUCCCUCUGGCCCACAGAGAUGUUUUCAUCCCCCAGGCAGUAGGUGCUGGUUUUGUUAGUCCUGACUAUGAGAGCACAGGUGACUCUUCCUGGUUUCUCAAAGGCAUGAAUGGUAAUGAAUCCACCUUGUGGUGGAGGUGUGAUUAUUGGUGUGAGCAACGAUUUGUCUAUCCUAAUCUUCUCGGAUGGAAAGAGAAGGUCACAUAGGUUUUUGUUCUUCGGAAGCUGCAAAGAUGAAGUCCCCGGGAAUUUCCCCCCGUAGAAUGGCUGCUUUAAGAAACCUCUUUUGUAUUUAAUCCCCGCUUGUGUUUCUGGCUUUAGGACAGAAGAAAUGCUAUUUGAAAUCUACUUUCCCUGUUUAACUUCUUCCAGAUACCUGUGCCCUCACCUUGGUGCUGCCAUGCGCUCUGUUGCAUUUCAUAAUGCCUGGGACCACAGAACAGCAGAACCCCAUGAAUGGCGCAGGCCACCAUCAAACUUUUUAAGCUCGAAUGAUCUGCAGUUGGCAGAUUGUUGUCUCAGGGUAGGCUCACUAUUUGCACCUUGUGAAAUUGGUCCUUGACCACAUAUAUGGUGGAAGAGGAACAGCAGAGCAGUGGGCUUGAAUGCAUGGAAGGCUUCAACCUGCGUAUGAGGGCCUGUGUUCCAGAUGCUGUGUUUGUGCUGCUGCAUAAACAGUGCAGUGACUUGUAAAUGAAGCCAAAGUAGGCAUUUUGCUGGGAUUGUUUUGGGGUUUAGUUUGUUUUGGUUUGCUUGGAGGGUUUUUUGGUUUGUUGGGGAUUUCUUGUUUGUUUGUGGGUUUUGUUUUGUUUGUUUGUUUCCUAUUUUGGCUGAACAGAUUUACUAGAAUUUACCUAUGCUGUGUAUUUUUACUUCUCUGAAGAAAAUAGAUUUACACUAGCUGUAAGUAUGCUUGUCAGUAUAUUUCUGUCUGGAUACAUCUUCUCUCUAUGCUUAGACAAUGCUGUUUAGGAGUCGUGUCAUCCACAAAGCCCUCGGUGUUGGCCCAUGAGAGAUAUCCUCUUGAGUCAGUGGAAAAUAGAUAAAGGAAAAAAUAAAGAGAGCCUCAAAACCUCAGUCUUCCGAGGGUGCCAUAGGAUUUUGCACGAUGGAUGUCUGAGGCCAGAGGAAUUGGGUGCAUGGAUGUGUAUUUGCACGUGCUUACAAUUAGAGCAUACUCUGCAAAUGCCUAACGGUGCAAAGCGACUGAGGAUGACAGUGCCGAUAGAUGGGACAGGAGAGCGGCCAUACCAGCUUCUGUAGCAUUCAUACCCAUUUCUUGCGCAGAUUUCUGCAGGGGCAGACCAGAGCAAGCAAGUCCAACUCCUGCCCCUGCAAGCACCCUCGUGCUGCUUAUGCAGUUGAGGGUGGGGUUUUAGGCAGCUUGACUGAAAUGGGGAAGAGCGAGGGGAGACUGCUUGGGUGGAGAGCAAGUUCAGUGGAGGGGAAUGUAAUGAGAACUUCUUCAAACCACAGGCAUGUGCUACUUUUAGACUAGACCUGAGUGUAUGGCAAAUGUUUUUGUUAAGGUUUUUGGCUUUAGUGAAGCAAUAGCUUCUCUUGGGUCAUUGUUUGCUAAAACUACAGAGAAGUAAUUUCUGGGUAGCUGUGGAGAAGCUUGAGUGUUUGGAGGGUUGUCGUUUGUGGUCUUUUUGUAUUGUUCUCUCCAUCCCACCUCCCCUACUGCAGGGUCACAGUGAGUCUCAGGGUGGAGUAAACAGUCCCAGUGGUGGUCAAACUUCCGGCAAAGGUGUGCUUGGAAUAUCGCAGCUCCUUCUAUAGGCACGACUGCUCCACGUCACCUUUCCUUGCUUUGUAAGGUACUGGACCAAAUACCAACAUGGAAUUUGAAUUAGCACCCUUCCUUGUGUGUGCUCUUUUGUACUUUGAUGCUUUCUGUCUGGAUGGAUUAUUUUGACCCCUGACCUAUUGUUCAGGUGGGAAAGAAUUGGAACUGUGUAGCUAAUAAUGAAAAUAAAGCUACAUAUGACUAAAUGAAGAUCUUGCACCUUUAUAAAUCUCAAAGAAUAAUUCUAUUGCUGUAUAAUGGCUGAAUCUGUUACCUUAUUAAACCACAUGAAAA